CUCAAAGUCCUGUCCAUGAAGCACUAUCAGUGGCAGGCUGUUUCACUCUUUCACACCACAGACACUUAUUCCAUACAAGGCUUCACCAUGGUCUCUCACUGUGCCCUCGUUCUCCUGCUCUGCCUCUCCACAGGCCUGGCUGCCACCCUCAUCCCUUCUGCUUCUGCCGAGGAGCUUCCGUCAGCUCCCGAGGCCGCAGCAGCUGAAGAGUUAAACGUGAACACAGUCCCCGAGGCUGAAACAGCUCAAGCUGCCGCCAGCUCUACCCAGGACGCCGACGACGAAUCCGAAUGGGGCUUGGGCUCCAUCAGAGGCAGCUUUCAAGCCGUCAAUGGGUAUUUUGACUCGCUGCUGGAGCUUAUGGGAGGCCGUGAUGGAGUGUGCCAGUACCGCUGUAGAUUUGGUAAAGCUCCGCAAGCUCGUCCAGGUUUCCAGAUGCCUGAACCCAAUGGCUGCACCUCGUCUUUGCUUGGUUUCCAGGUACCGGAUAGUCUCGACAUGGGCAUCCCAGCCAUGACCAAGUGCUGUAACCAACUGGACAUGUGCUACGACACGUGCGGUUCCAACAAGUACCGUUGCGACACCAAGUUCCGCUGGUGCCUCCACAGCAUCUGCGGGGAUCUAAAGAAGAGCUUGGGCUUUGUGUCAAAGGUUGAAGCUUGCGAGGCAUUUGCAGACACCAUGUACAACACGGUAUGGACUCUGGGCUGCAGGCCGUUCAUGAACAGCCAGAGGGCAGCAUGUAUCUGUGAGGGAGAGGAGAAAGACGAGCUGUAAGAACUACCACUUCUCCUGCCAAGCAAAAUGACUCAACAUUGCAAGUGCCUUCAACCUCAACAAAAAGAGCUCAGCCGACUCCAAAGAGAGGCCGGUGGUGCGAAAGACUCAUGUAGAGCGAAUAACAAUGAAAUGCUUGAAUCCCAGAGCUCUCACAAUGCCUUUUUAAUAAUAUACAAAUAAAUGUAAAAGGUCUGGGAUUACACGUUUACCUAAAUGGUAAACUCCUACGGUUCUGUGGGAGGAAAGCAUUUCUUUAACAUUUCUUUAGGGCAAUGUUUUAAGACAGGUCUGGUUAAGUUGUUCUAAAUGAGACAAUUUAUUAUUCGUAAUUUAUUAAAGUGUAGCUGCUACUCAAAUUAAACUUUCAGCCCUUAAUUCAA